AUGGCGUCGACUGCUACCUCUGAGACCGCUUCGCCAAUUGGUAUCGCCAAUCUGCCAAACCAACGGCACAAGAUUGUCGCGAAACGUGGUGCCGCCUUCACGAUUAUGGUUGCUGGAGAGUCUGGCUUGGGGAAAACUACAUUCAUCAACACUCUCUUCUCGACCACUAUCAAGAACUACGCAGACCAUAAACGCAGACAUGCCAAGCAGGUUGACAAGACCGUUGAGAUCGAGAUCACAAAGGCAGAGCUCGAGGAACGAUUCUUCAAAGUUCGGUUGACCGUCAUUGAUACUCCCGGUUUUGGCGAUUAUGUUAACAACCGUGAUUCAUGGAUGCCCAUCAUUGAAUUUUUGGACGACCAGCAUGAGUCUUAUAUGUUGCAGGAGCAGCAGCCUCGCCGUAUUGACAAGAUCGACCUCCGUGUCCACGCUUGCCUGUACUUCAUCCGACCAACCGGACACACUCUGAAACCACUGGAUAUCGAAGUCAUGAAGCGCCUCAGCUCUCGUGUGAACUUGAUCCCAGUUGUUGCAAAGGCCGACACCUUAAGCCCCUCUGACCUUGCCCGUUUCAAGCAGAGAAUCCGUGCUGUCAUUGAAGCCCAGGGAAUCAAGAUCUACCAGCCCCCUGUUGAGGAGGACGAUGAACAAGCUGCCCAGCACGCCCGCAGCUUGAUGGCUGUCAUGCCAUUUUCCGUCAUCGGCUCCGAGAAGGACGUCAAGACCAGCGAUGGCCACAUCGUCAAGGGCCGCCAGUACUCAUGGGGUGUCGCAGAGGUUGAGAAUGAAGACCACUGUGAUUUCAAGAAGCUCCGCUCCAUCCUCAUCCGCACACACAUGCUUGAUCUUAUCCACACCACCGAAGAACAACACUACGAAGCCUACCGAGCACUUCAGAUGGAGACCAGAAAGUUCGGAGAAGCCAGGCCAAGGAAACUCGACAACCCCAAGUUCAAGGAAGAGGAAGAGAACUUGCGAAAAAGAUUCACCGAGCAAGUCAAGAUCGAGGAACAACGAUUCAGACAGUGGGAGCAGAAACUUAUUGCCGAAAGAGACCGACUCAACAAGGACCUGGAGACUACCCAUGCAGCGAUCAAACAACUCGAGCAGGAACUCGACCAGAUGCAAGCCCCUCAAGUGCGCAGUCAUGGUCGCCGUUAA